UACUACAGCUUCGCGUUGCGGCGUUUGUGCCGCAGCCCGCGCCAAGUGAGGGCUCCCGGCCUCCGGCUUCGGCGCCCGGCGCGUGUUGGCAGGCUCGAGGCUCGCGCCGCUGACGCGGGUUGGGCCGGCGGGCGGUUAGCGCCCCGUUCGACGCCGGGAGCUCCGCGGCCUGAGCCGACGCGGGCGGCCGGGCUCUCGGGUUCUCUUCCCCAGGCCGGAGCCAGUCAGUGUCCCGGCGGAGAAACGGGCAGCCGGGCUCCCUGGCCCCGGGCCGCCCCCGGCUGGGGCGGCUGGGGCAGGGGGACGAUGUCUGCUCGCGCCCGGGUGCCCGCCGCUCACCCUCCGGAGGAGCGGCCCGCGGUACCAGCUGAGAGGGAGUCGCUGUCGGCCGCGGCGAGCCGGCAAGCCGGGAAGCUGCCCCCGCCCGAACGGGAGGGCAAGGAGGCGGCGAGGGAGGAGAGGAACGCGCUCGCCACCCGCACGGGGGCGCGGGGAGAGCCUUUGCCGGCGCCCGUGCUGGGACACAGCGUGCCUCAGGCGGCCGUGUCCGUGAAGCCCCUGGCGCUGCACCUGGCGCACAAGGCGCGCGGGCCGGGGGGGCCCUUCGGCUGGGAGCCGCCGCCACCGCUGCCUCGGGACCCGCCGGCCGAGGACGCCCGGGAGGAGGAGGCGGCGGCGGCAGGCUCUGAGGAAAAGCUGCCGCCGUCGCCGCCGCCGCCGCCGCCGCCGCUGCCGCGGAAGGAGAAUCCCUGGACCAAAAAGCCUCCCCAGCACCUGUCCCCCGCCGGGACGGGGCCGCCGCCGCUGCCCCUACUGGAAACCCUGGAGGCAGAGCUCAGUUCCCCCCAGAUUAUAAAAGCAGGAAAACUCAAGACAAAGAAAUCCAACAAGGCUAGUGAUUUCAGCGAUAUGUCGAACUGGCCAACACCAAGUGAAUUAGUGAACACUGAAGACCACACAUUUGGAAAGGAUGGGGUACCAUGCUGUCAGCUUCACAAAACCUUUUUGCAGUGUCAGAGUGUCAUCAGCCUAGGAAAUAAGAAGCCACAAAACAGAAAAGAAAGAGAAGACAAGGUUGAAAAGAGAAGUAACAGUGAAAGCAAAGAAAGCCGGGAAACAAAAUUAGAUGGUCCUGGUGAAAAUGUCAGUGAGGAUGAGGCUCAGUCAAGUAAUCAACGAAAGAAAGCUAAUAAGCACAAGUGGGUACCACUCCACCUAGAUGAUGUAAGACCAGACAGUCAAGAAAGACCAGGGUCCCGGAAUAGCUCAAGAUGUCAACCUGAAGCAAAUAAAUCACAUAACAAUAGGAGAAAUGACACACGAACAUUAUACAAAAGUUCUGUCUUGGUCAACAUUUGCUAUUGGGAAUUCCCUGGCGGUCCAGUGGUUGGGACUCUGUGCUUCCACUGCAGGACUGCAGAGGGUACAGGUUGGAGGCGUGAAAGAGAAAAGAGAGAUGAUCAAGAUGAAGUUUCCAGUGUGAGAAGUGAGGGUGGUAAUAUCCGAGGUACCUUUAGAGGCCGAGGAAGAGGCCGAGGACGGGGAAGAGGACGAGGCAGAGGAAAUCCUCGAUUGAACUUUGAUUAUUCAUAUGGUUAUCAAGAACAUGGUGAAAGGACUGGUCAACCAUUUCAAACAGAACUUAAUACCAGUAUGAUGUAUUACUAUGAUGAUGGUACAGGCGUACAGGUGUAUCCUGUGGAAGAAGCAUUGCUUAAAGAGUAUAUUAAACGCCAAAUUGAAUAUUACUUCAGUAUAGAAAACUUGGAACGGGACUUCUUUCUUAGGAGAAAGAUGGAUGAGCAAGGUUUCUUGCCUAUUUCCCUGAUUGCUGGUUUCCACCGUGUUCAGGCCCUCACUACAAACCUUAAUCUCAUAUUAGAGGCACUGAAAGAUAGCACAGAAGUGGAAAUUGUGGACGAGAAAAUGAGAAAAAAGAUAGAACCAGAAAAAUGGCCAAUUCCGGGCCCUCCUCCACGUAGUGUGCCACAAACAGACUUCUCUCAACUGAUUGAUUGCCCAGAGUUUGUACCAGGCCAAGCCUUUGGUUCACAUACAGAGUCUGCCCCAAAUUCUCCAAGAAUUGGAAGUCCACUGAGCCCAAAGAAAAACACUGAAACAAGUAAUCUUCAAGCAGUGUCUAGAGGUUUGUCUGCCAGUUUGCCCGACUUGGACUCAGAACCUUGGAUAGAAGUAAAAAAGAGACAUUGUCCAUCCCCAGUGAAAUUGAAGGAAUCACCACCUCUACCUGAAGAGGCAUCAAAUCAACCAUAUCUUCCAGAUGAACAAGAACAAGAAGAACUUGAUUUUUUAUUUGAUGAAGAGAUGGAACAAAUAGAAGGGCGAAAAAACACAUUUACUGAUUGGUCUGAUAAUGAUUCAGAUUAUGAAAUUGAUGACCAGGAUUUAAACAAGAUUUUGAUUGUAACUCAGACACCACCUUACAUGAGAAAACAUCCUGGAGGAGAUCGAACAGGCAACCACAUAUCUCGGGCAAAAAUUACAUCUGAACUUGCUAAAGUUAUCAAUGAUGGCUUAUAUUAUUACGAGCAGGAUUUGUGGAUGGAAGAAGAUGAAAACAAACACACAGCCGUAAAGCAAGAAGUUGAGAACUUUAAGAAGCUAAAUCUCAUUAGUAAAGAGCAGUUUGAAAACCUAACACCUGAACUUCCUUUUGAGCCAAACCAAGAAGUUCCUGUAGCACCUUCACAGUCCAGGCAAGAUUUGACUGAUGAAUUAGCUCAGAAGUUGUUUGAUGCUUCAGAAAUGUCUUCAGCAACAAUGGCCCGUUCAUUACCCACAGUAGUUCCAGAAUCUCCUAGAAUUUAUCCUGCAAGGACACCCAAAACACCUCGAACACCUAGAUUACAAGAUCCAAACAAAACACCAAGAUUUUAUCCUGUUGUUAAAGAACCCAAAGCCAUUGAUGUAAAGAGUCCAAGAAAGAGAAAAACAAGACAUAGUACAAAUCCCCCUCUAGAGUGUCAUGUUGGUUGGGUAAUGGAUUCCAGAGAUCAUGGGCCAAGAACAUCCUCUGUCAGCAGUUCAAAUGCUUCGCCUUCAGGAGGUGCACCACUAGUAGGAAGUUAUGGAUGUACUCCUCAUUCAUUCCCAAAGUUCCAGCAUCCUUCUCACGAACUUUUGAAGGAAAAUGGCUUUACCCAACAAGUGUACCACAAGUAUCGUAGAAGAUGCCUAAGUGAGAGAAAACACUUGGGAAUUGGCCAGUCUCAAGAAAUGAAUACCCUCUUUCGUUUCUGGUCCUUUUUCCUCAGAGAUCACUUCAAUAAAACAAUGUAUGAGGAAUUUAGACAACUUGCUUGGGAAGAUGCAAAAGAAAAUUACAGGUAUGGAUUAGAAUGUCUGUUCAGGUUUUAUAGUUAUGGACUGGAAAAAAAAUUCAGACAAGAAAUUUUUAAGGAUUUCCAAGAAGAAACCAAAAAAGACUGCGAAUCUGGUCAGCUGUAUGGAUUAGAAAAGUUUUGGGCUUACCUAAAAUAUUCUCAAUCUAAGACACAGUCUAUUGACCCCAAACUUCAGGAAUACCUCUGUAGCUUUAAGAAGUUGGAAGACUUCCGUGUUGACCCCCCUAUAGGUGAGGAAUUUGGAAGAAAAAGACAUUCAUCUACUUCUGGUGAUGCGAGUAAUCGUCACAGACUUCCAUCUAAUUCCUCUACAAAGUCACCGAGUGCUGCUAAGCCUACACCUGACAAUCAGCUUCGGGUCCCAACAAACUCUCCCAGAAGGAAUACUUCACAGCAGUCCAGUGACAAUUCACACCAGAACAGUGCUGCCUCAGUCUCAACACAUGGUGAACUGCCUGAGAAAUAGACUCUUAUGAAAGUUGUUUGCCCUUGAAAUCAACAUUUACAUCAGUAUUUAUUGGGGGAAAUCCUCUGAUGUUUAAUUGUGAUAAUCAGAAAAAAGAAAAAGGAAGAAAAAUGGCAGCAUUAUUUUCUAGAAAGAUAAAUUCUAAAAACGUUUUCCCUGAUUUCACGAAUAAGUUUAAUUUUGGUAACCUUUUAUAGAGAUCCUCUAGUAAUAUAUUUUGGUCUCAAAUAUAUAUUUGAAAUAAUAUAUUUCGUUUUCAAAGCCAUUGUUUAUAAGAACAGCAUUCCUUAAAUAUAUACAAAAACAACACAAGGAAUGCCUAACAUUUCAGCUCAUACUUCUUAAAGAAGAUAUAGUAUGUUAUAGUCAUCUAUUCUAUAGAGCUUUCUUAAAGAAUCCAAUAACCCCACUGUCAAUUCAUAUUUGAACUUAUCAAAAACAAAGGACAAUUAUGUAUAUGUUUUUUAAAUUCAGAAAAAGAAUGUGAAAUGAUACAUUUGCUUUUCUUUUAGAUUUAUAGUUUAAAGAAAACUUUUUUUUUUUUUUUUUUUUUUUACAGAAGUAGAAAUAUAUUGCAGUUAUAUUGAAGUAUAUGCACUUUGGAUGUUGGGUUUUGCCUUUUUCCCCGUUAGUCAUACCUCAUGAUUUCCAUAGUUAUUGUUGUGUUGGUAUGGAAUGUUCUGAAUUGGCAUCAGCCAGUUACGUAUUAGAAGAGAUUUACUUUUUGUGACUAUAUAAGCCUACACAAGUAAUUGAAAACUGAGUUGGGAUUGGUUGGAAUACUGUCCUAAACUAGUUAAAUCUUGCACUGUUUUGAAUGCAUUUGCUGUUUGUACAUCUGCAGGUGUGUAUGUCACAAGUAAUCAGAUUAUCUUCAGUUUAAAAGGAGUACCUUUUUGUGUCCUUUACUUUUGUUUUAUGCUUAUAAAAAGUGUUUUCAAGAAACGAAUUGACUUCUAAUUUUUAUUGCUGUUGCAACUGACGUAAAUGAUAGUUUCAGUUUUUGUGGGAAUUAAAAUAAAGCACUUAUUCU